AUGUCACAGGAUUUCAAAGAGCCUUCUCUUGACUCCCACACUUUUGAGCAUGACACCGAGGAACAGAAGCCUCGUGGUGUGGCCAGAAUUGAGGCCGUCAAGCAGACUCUAGAUAAGAGAUACAUCUUGGUGCUGAUCCUGUCCCUGUACCUGUGUUCCUGGACCUAUGCGCUAGAUAGUUCCACCACGUACAGUUACCAGCCAUAUGCCACCUCUCAGUUUAACCGUCACUCGAUGCUUUCCACUUUGAGUAUCGCCAACUCCAUCAUCGGAGCUGUUUGUAAGCCAUUUAUUGCCAAGAUUUCCGAUAUGACUUCCAGGGCCGUCGCCUACAUGUUUAUUCUGGUCUUGUAUGUCAUCGGAUUUGUCAUUGCUGCAUGCUCUCCUACGAUCUCUGCAUACGUCAUUGGCUCCGUCUUCAUUGCCAUUGGACAAUCGGGUAUUGAUCUGCUUAACAGCAUCUUGGUCGCCGACAUGACUCCUCUCAAGUGGAGGGCCACAGUCAAUGGUCUUCUAUCCACUCCGUAUUUGUGCACCACCUGGGUGGCAGGUUACAUCGUCCAAAACAUCACCACUACUAACUGGAGAUGGGGUUACGGUAUGUUCGCUAUUAUUACCCCUGCUGCAUUGAUUCCGGCAAUUGGUAUGAUUUUCUGGAUGGACCACAAGAUCAACUAUGGAACUUUCAAGUUCAAUGUCAAGCUCCCUCAAAUAACUGUUCUGAAAAGCAAAGACACUUUGUCCAAGAUAAAGCACGCUCUUAUCGAGAUUGACGCUCUGGGGCUCAUCCUUCUCGGUUUCGCUUUCUCUCUCCUGCUUCUUCCUUGCUCGCUUUAUUCUUACGCCAAGGGCGGAUGGCACAACCCUUCAAUGAUUGCCAUGGAAGUGGUCGGAGGAAUUUUCCUGAUCAUGUACACUAUCCACGAGAUCUGGAUUGCACCAUACCCAAUGCUUCCUAAGCGCGUUCUUUUGAACAGAACCUUCAUCUGCUGCGUCAUCAUCGAUUUCUGCUAUCAAAUGGGUGGUUACUUCUGGCUGCUUUACUUUAGCUCUUACGACUUGGUCGUUCUGAAUCUUUCCUACAGAGACUGGACUUAUCUGAACAACACCGAGACCAUGGGUUUGUGCUCUUUUGGUGUCAUCUACGGCCUUUUAUUCAGAUACUUCCGUCGGUACAAGGUGUUCCAAGUGUUCGGCUCUAGUAUCCGAUUGAUUGGUCUUGGACUGAUGGUGCAUUCCACCAAGAUGGAAAGUGGCCCUUCUCUCGGUGUCAUUGUGGCCGCCUUGGUUCUUACCUCCAUCGGUGACUGUGGUGAUGCUAUGGGUACCCAAUUGGCUGCUCAAGCUUGCGUUCCGCACGUUGACCUGGCUUCCACCAUUUCUGUUCUUUCUCUGUACACCAGCAUUGGUGCUGGUGUCGGACAGGCUAUUGUCGCUGCCGUGUGGGCUUCGAACCUUCCUAAACGUCUUACCGAGCAUGUUGGUGAUGCCACCAGGGCCCUUUCAUAUUUCGAGUCCGUUACCGUUAUCUAUGCUCUCCCAUGGGGCUCUGAUGACAGAAUCGCAUGUAUCAAAGCUUACCAGGAUGUUUGCUACCUGCUCUUCUGCGGUGCUCUCGGUAUCAGUUGUGUCUGCUGGAUUGUUACCUUGUUCCAAACCAACUUCUACCUGGGUGACGGAUUGAACGCUGUUGAAGGAGAACAGAAGGAGGACUACAACAAAAAAUGGUACAACUACGUCUUCGACUUUGUUAAACAUCCUCUUAGAUAG